CUUCUCCCAUUCAGUAGGUUGCCUUUUAGCUUCAUUGACUGUUUCUUCAGCUAUGUGAAGCUUUUUAUUUUGAUAGUCCUCAUGCACUGAUUCUUAAGUGGCAGUAUUGAAGAGGAGCUGGAAGACUGAGGGGGUAAAAGUGCUUCAUACAGGAAAUCUAUUGCUGUGUCAAGUUCCAGAGAAGAGUUUCUUCUGUUCCAAGUUACUCAUCAGCCUAAAACACGGAGUGGAAGGAAGAGGCUGGUAGAAAGGGAGUGUCCUGCUGCUGACGGGCUAGAAAGAUCGGGCACGGAGCUGCUAACCAGAGAGAGCCCCACCAUGUCCGCAGCUCCUUUGACACCUGUGUGGAGGCAAAGUACCAAGUAAAGGGCAGAAGACGAGAAUUCAGAAAUGCCCUGCACUUGGAGGACUUCUCAACUAUGCCUUCUACCGAUUUUGACUGUCUUCUUACUCCCCGCUUUAUCAUAUAGUUCACCUGCGGAAGGAAAGCAGAGCGGGCUCAUACCUCCUGCAGAAGGUAACACUUCUCUGUCUGUACUUGUGGACACAAAGGUUGUGCUCGCUUGUCCUCCUGCCAGCUUGACAAAUGUGCUGAUAAUAAGGUGGGACAUAAACCUCAGAGGCAAGCCUUCCUGCUCGAGAGCCUACAGGAGAGAUAAUAAUGAGACCAGUGAAAGAAACUGUACUGAUGAGAGAAUAUCCUGGGAGUCCAGACCUGAUCUGAAUCCUGCCCUUCAGAUUGGUCCCGUGGCCAUGACCCAUGAAGGAUAUUACAGGUGUGAAGUGGCUGCACAGGAAGGGAAUUUCGGUCUUGGAUAUCACCUCCAAGUGUCAGUGCCCCCUGAGGUGACCCUGUUUCGAGGCAGCAAUGGAAGUAUCGUGUGCAGGGCAGCUGCAGGGAAGCCAGCUGCCCAGAUCUCCUGGACCCCACAGGGAGACUGUCACACUGUGGAACAACAGUUGGGCAAUGGCGUCGUGACCGUCCAGAGUACAUGCCAGUGGGAGGACGGCCAGGUGUCUAAUGUGUCCUGCUCUGUCUCCCAUGUGACUGGCAACAAGAGUGUGUCCUUAGAGCUGAAACCAGGUGACCAAUCACCACUAAACUUUAUUAUAUGUAUCAUCUCCUCCAUUUUGGUUAUCUUGGUCAUUGUGGGAUCCAUUUGGCUUUGGAAAAUCCGUUGCUGCAGGAUGAAAUGCAGUCCUAUGCCAGCUACACAGAGAACAAUCCCUCUAUGAUACUGUGAGCAAGGU